AUGAAUAUUAUUACAGCAUCUGUUAUUAAAUCAACUCUACGGUUUACACCUCGUGUUCAUUCAAAAUUAGAUUCUUUGGUAGUUAAUCAACAAAAAAAUCAAAUAUCAGAAAAUUCAUUUUCUUUAAAUGAAAGAUUGAAUGCAAAAACGUUAGAUUUAGUAGAAGAAUCACUUGAAAAACCAAGCAAAAAAAAUCAAUCAAAGUUAAGAAAACAAGAAGAUUUGGACAAUAAAACUGAAGAGAAUGUUUCUGAAUCGAAUAAAGUAUCAAAUCAUAGUUUUUUAGACUCAAAAAUCAAGUGUAAGACAACAGUUAAAUCAGAAAAUAUUCAUGAAACAAUAUUACAUAAAAAUGCAGAAAAAGAAAGAAGUCCAUGUAUUGUUUCUAAAAGAAGAAAACCCUUAGAAAAAGAUACUGAAAAAGAAAUGGAUUAUUGUAAAGUACUAGAAAAUGAAGAAAAUGGAAAUUCUGCACACAGUCAGGUCGAAUUAAAUAUAAUGGAUGAUUCAUCAAAGAAAAGGAAACCAAAAAUCCUAGAGUCUAGUCAAGCUGCUAAACAAAAUAUUAAAGAAUUAAAAAAACCCAAGAGAAAGAGAUCAGUUUCACCAAUCAAUAGUGAACAACUUACGAUUGAACCCACUGAAGUAAAAAUUUCUGACUUAUGUAAAGAUAUACGAAUAGGAAGAAAGAGUGUGAAAUUCAAUGAAAUUCGUAAAAUGGAAGCAGUAAAACGAAAAAUGAAAUCUAAAAAUGAUAAAUUAUUUUCUAAAAAUGAUUUAAAUAAAGAAUUAGAUUGUGAAACUAAAAAUGUAUUGGCUUCUGAUAAAAAUGUACAAAAAACAUAUUUAAAUGUUCAUAAUUCAAAAUCUCUAAUGAUAAAAAACGAUAAUACUAAUGUAACAAAAUAUCAUUUAAAAGGGGCUCCGCAAGUUCGUGUAGUUAAUGGAAAGAUUGUAAUAGAUGAAAAUUCUUUACAAAUUGAUAGACGUGAAAGAGAUAUUAAUCCAAAUACUGAAAUAGAAUUAGUUGAAGAAAAUGAUUUAUCUAGGAAAGUAAAUAGUGCUAGUUGGGGUAAAAGAGAAAAAUCAGAUCGUUGGUCUAAAGAAGAUACUCAAAAAUUUUACAAUGCAUUAUCCCAAUGGGGUACUGAUUUUGGACUUAUAUGCAAAAUGUUUCCUAAUAGAAGUCAACGACAAAUAAAAAACAAAUUUAACUCAGAAGAAAAAAAAUACCCAGAGAAAAUAGAUAUUGCUAUUAAAUCCAGACAACCUAUUGAUAUUGUUGCAUAUUCAAAAGCAACUGGUUCUAAUUUUAGAUCUAUUAAUGAAAUUCAAGAAGAGCUAAGAAAAGCAAAAGAAGAUUUUGAAGAAUCAAGAAGAAUUUCAAUAGAAAAUGCACAAAUUUCACUCGAAAACAAUAAGUAA